AAUUGGCGGGAAACUGCUAGUUUAGAUCAGCUGUUCCGAAUAUCAUCGUACAAUAUGUUUACAUCAUGAAAGACAAUGUCGCACACCUGAAAUCGUAAUGAAACAACCGUGAUUGAGACAAAUUGUCCCUUAGAUCGGAGUCCAUUGAUCGUCGAUCGAAAUGGAACCAAUUUGCCCGAGUAGAUUUUACGGUGGCAAGGUACAAAAGCGAUCACCAUCAAAAUCCAACGUUUGCUGGGUGAAAAUGUACCGGGUCAUGCCGUCGCACAUACUGGGCCCGACUCAAUACUGGGAGGAGUUUCACAAACAGGCUGACGCGCUGGCCGCGGCUUCCGAACACAGCACGAAAACCGACACGCUAUGCACGUUCGUGUACCAGCGGCCCAGCGACGGCAGUCGCAGAUUCGUCGUCGCUCAUCCGGAGGUCUAUUGGUGGUAUUACAAAGUCAAACCGCCAGAAGAGAGAUGUUCAUACGAGAUAAUACCGAAAGAUUCGCCCUGUUGGUUAUAUCUGGACUUGGAAUACCCAAUCGAAUUAAAUCCACUUUGCAAUGGACCACGCAUGACCAGGACACUGAUAGAUAUCAUAAGGGCAUACUUACUCAAUCAUUAUCACCUGUUGUGUGAUAGAAGUAACUUCUUAAUACUAGAUUCUACAUCCAGUAACAAAUUCAGCAGACACGUGAUUUUUACUAUGAAGGAUAUGGCUUUUAAGGAUUAUUCGCACGUCGGAAAGUUUAUCAAAACUAUAUACAAUGACAUGCUGCUUUACUUGAGGUCGGAUACGCCGACACAUGGAAUUUUAGAUCACUUUGACAAAGCAGACAUCGAGGAAAUGCUUGUGAAGACGCAGCACGGCGAAAAAUUGUUUGUCGACAAUGGUGUCUACACGAAAAACAGACAUUUUCGAAUAUAUCUGUCCACCAAAUGGGGAAAGCAAUCGUAUCUAACAGUAUCCAUGGACUGCGUGCACAAUACAGUGAAUAAAUGCAGGGAGAAGGAACUGGGGAUCUUUCUGGAUUCCUUGAUAUCGUACUUUCCAAACAAGCAGAAUUUAAUUUUGCUCGAAUUUCUUAAUCGAAGUGACGUGAAAGCUAAACUUUAUUCAAGUAUACCAAAACGAUCUGUUAAUGAAAAUGAUGGCGAGAGCUCGCCAUAUCCUGAAAUAGAUAGUCACAUUCGCAGUCUCAUCGAUCCUGGCAAGAUACGCAUUGCUAAAUAUUCUGAUAAAACCAAAACACUGAGAUACGAAGUUUACGGUAACAGAUACUGUGAAAAUAUUGGCAGGCACCAUAAAAGCAACAAUGUAUACUGGAUUGUGGAUUUGAACACAAAAAAGAUAUAUCAAAGAUGUCACGAUCCGGACUGCUGGGAUUUUUCAUCUAUACCGAAAAGCUUACCGGAAGAAAUUCUUUUUAAGUUGGACGUAGAAGGUGAUCUACUUUUGUGUCCCGGGCAACAAUAUGAUGAAGAUACAGAGACGAUGUAAAAAUUACUAAAUAUGCUUUUAUAAGCAUAUAAAUGUAUAAUUUGUAUAAAAAAUAUUUAUAAACGCUUUU